CGCGGGAGGCGGGUCCAGGUGCGGCGGGACCCGCUGGCGACGGGCGGAGCGGCGGGCGCGGGAUGGAGGCGCUGCCAGGUGAAGAAGUCUGGAGAUGUCUGGGAUGUGGGGACAGCAUUGCUGCCGGGCAGCGCCUCUACAAGACCGUCAACGAAGCCUGGCACAUCUCCUGCUUUCGGUGCUCUGAAUGUCAGGAUCCCCUCACUAACUGGUACUACGAGAAAGAUGGGAAGCUGUAUUGUCACAAAGACUACUGGGGGAAGUUUGGGGAAUCCUGCCAUGGCUGCUCUCUGCUGAUGACUGGACCUGUGAUGGUGGCUGGCGAAUACAAGUAUCACCCCGAGUGCUUCGCUUGUAUGAGCUGCAAAGUGAUCAUCGAGGAUGGGGACACUUAUGCACUGGUGCAACAUUCCACUCUCUACUGUGGGAAAUGCCACAACCAGAUUGUGCUGACACCCAUGAUAGAAAAGCACUCCACGGAGUCCUUGCGGGAGCAGCUGCCCUACACGCUGACCCUCAUCUCCAUGCCCGCCGCCACGGACGGCAAGAGGGGCUUCUCCGUGUCUGUGGAGGGGGGGAGCUGCUCCAGCUAUGCCACUGGUGUCCAGGUGAAAGAAGUCAAUAGGAUGCACAUCAGCCCGGAUGUCCGAAAUGCCAUCCACCCUGCGGAUCGGAUCCUGGAGAUCAACGGAGCUCCCAUUCGCACCUUACAGGUGGAGGAGGUGGAGGAACUGAUUCGCAAGACCAGCCAGACCCUCCAGCUGCUGAUAGAGCACGACCCCGUCUCGCAGCGCCUGGACAGGCUCCGCCUGGACUCCCGCCUGCCCACCCACAUAAAGCCACCCAUCUCCCCACGCUCCCUGUCCCCGCUGGACAUCAAGGAGAACCUGGAAGGAACGCUCCGCCGGCGCUCCCUCAGGAGAAGUAACAGCAUCUCCAAAUCUCCUGGCCCCAGCUCUCCAAAGGAGCCGCUCCUGCUGAGCCGUGACAUCAGUCGUUCCGAAUCCCUGCGCUCCUCUUCCAGCUGCUCCCAGCAAAUCUUCCGGCCCUGUGACCUGAUUCAUGGCGAAGUUCUAGGAAAAGGGUUUUUUGGACAAGCGAUCAAGGUGACUCACAAAGCAACGGGAAAGGUGAUGGUGAUGAAGGAGCUGAUUCGCUGUGAUGAGGAAACACAGAAGACUUUUUUGACAGAGGUGAAAGUGAUGCGCAGCCUGGACCACCCCAACGUGCUCAAGUUCAUUGGGGUGCUGUACAAGGACAAGAAGCUGAACCUGCUCACCGAGUACAUCGAGGGGGGCACACUGAAGGACUUCCUCCGCAGUGCAGACCCAUUUCCCUGGCAGCAGAAGGUCAGCUUUGCCAAAGGGAUUGCCUCUGGAAUGGCUUACUUGCACUCCAUGUGCAUCAUUCACAGAGACCUGAAUUCACACAAUUGCCUGAUCAAGUUGGAUAAGACAGUGGUGGUGGCCGACUUUGGUCUGUCUCGGCUGAUUGUGGAGGAGAGGAAAAAGCCCAGUUUGGAGAAACCCUCGGCCAAGAAGCGAACCCUGCGCAAGAGCGACAGGAAGAAGCGCUACACGGUGGUGGGGAACCCGUACUGGAGCCCCGAGAUGCUCAAUGGCCAGAGCUACGAUGAGAUGGUGGACAUCUUUUCAUUUGGGAUUGUUCUCUGUGAGAUCAUAGGCCAGGUUUAUGCUGACCCAGACUGUCUUCCACGCACACUGGAUUUUGGCCUUAAUGUCAAGCUGUUCUGGGAGAAGUUUGUUCCUGCUGACUGUCCUCCAGCCUUUUUCCCUCUGGCUGCUAUUUGCUGCAGAUUGGAGCCAGAGAGCAGGCCUCCUUUUUCCAAGCUGGAAGAUUCCUUUGAAGCUCUCUCUCUCUACCUUGGAGAACUUGCCAUCCCCCUUCCCUCUGAGCUGGAGGAGCUGGACCACAACGUGAGUGUGCAGUAUGGACUGACCCGGGACAAGCUACCUGAGAACACCACCUAGUCCGCUCUUCCUGCUGCCUGCAUCACUUCCAUUGGAGCUGGGAUGAGUGUCAGGGAGGGAGAUGCACUUCAGCCACUUCCAGGGCAUUAACGGGGCACCACGCUGCGCGUUUGCUGCAUUGCCUCUCUCUCCCCACCCAGCGCUCCUCCUCUUGGACAUCCUGAUUCACUGUGGAUUUCUGGCAUGUUUCAGAAGCAAAAAGGGCUGUUUCCUGCCAACUGUACCUAGGAAAGCUGCUCAACACUAUUUUUCUGGCUUGAGAAAUGUCUCUCUGGCCUUUUCAGGCUUCUUUACUGUGGUGCCUUAGAACUUGGCUGCAAGCUGUGAAGCCACCCUGGCCUGUCUGCCAGGGAGGGAAUUGCUAUAGGAGACUCUCCUGGGUAAGGACCAGCACUUCUGGAACUGCUUCUCCCACUGACUGCCCUGCUCAGAAAGCUGGGAAAAUUGGACACCCAGCAAAAUGCCCCACCAGGACAGCACAUGUGUGUAUGUUUGUGCAUGUGUUUCCCAGAACACCCCACUGAGAUGCUGACCUCCCACGUGCACCGGGGAGACAGUGAAAAGCCCCGGGAACUGGGCAGCUCUCCUGAAAUACCUUGUCUCUGGGAAAUCAUGUAUGGAUUUUUGUUUUGGUUUUGUGGUUUUCUUCCUUCUCAGUCUCAGAAUACCUCCAAAAGCCUGCCUAGAAACACUAAGACUGAGCUCUGCUUGCCCCUCCUGAUGGUGAAUGAGGCAGGCGGCAAAUGAGCCACUGGGGCAUCUUCAGCCCCCGCGCCUGCAGUGACUUUACCUGCCCCAGACUUUAACCCAGGUGAAGGUGUUUGAACCUGAAUGUGUAGAACUGCAGUAGGCACUGGCUGGGGACAUUCCUGGAGUGCUGAAGCUGCUUGAGCUCCCGGCCUGUGGACGUGAGGUGACAGAAAUGGCGGCAAAAGGUGCUUGUCCGGAAGCAAAAGGUUUGAAGUGGCUCAGACCUUGCGUGUGGACAACAGCAAAGGGGGGCUUGCCCAAGGUUACUUAAAGGAUGGACUUGUCAUGAACAGAGAAGUGCUGGAGAAUGUCCCAUCCUCCCCGGAGUGGCAGCUGGAGAACAAGUAAUUCAGUUGCCAUUACCUCAUCCUUUCCUGCAGACUGUGCAAGUUGCUCCCUUUGAAGGUCCUUCUUGCAGCUGCUGCUGCAGCACCUGAACUGAUUCUCCAAGCAGAAACUUUCCUCAGGGUCAUUCCCUGCUUUGGGGGAGAAAAAAGGGCUUGGAGUCACUGGCCAGAGGUAGGUGGGGGUGUAUUUUCUUCCAGUACUUCUCUUCCUCCCUCGCUGGGAGAGGAAGUAAAGCUACUGCUGCAGUAGCUCGUGUGGUUGGCAGAACUGAACCAAAAGCUGGAUCGAGUCCUGCUCUUAACUGGAUUUCGAGUGUGCUCCUUUCUCCCCCUCCUCCCUUCAGCACUGAAUGGUGGGGAAUGGGUGUUAGUCUUUGCUGUUACUUUGAUUUCCUCCCCCUACCCAUGAGUUUAAAGUAUUAUGUAAAAAAACAUGGGACCAGCCAUCACAUGACAACAGGUGUGCAAGGGGGGGUGUUUUUAGUCCAUGUAGUGGUGUUUUAGAAACACUGGGGACUCCCUGUGCUGUGAGUCAGUGGAGGAGCCUCACCAAACUGGGUCCAGUGGAUUCAGGAUUAUUAAUAGGAUUUGCCCUUUCAUUCCCCCUCCCAGGCUGGUUUGUGAGGGGACCCCUGAAGGGGAGAGUCCUGGGUGAUGUGUGGGUGGGGUUUAUGAACUGUGAUUUGCACAGCCCCACGCUCUGACUAAAUUAAAAAGCAGUAACUGAACGCUCUAAGGAUGAGGUUUUGUGGUCUCUGUGUUCAAUAAAGCCGGAAGCCGUAA